GGGGGGUAGUGGAAGGGGCGGAGCUUAUGCGUACGUGUAUUAGCAUAGUUUUCCCUCUCACCCUCGGCGUGGAAGCGUGUGGGGCAUAGGGGGAGGGCUGAGUGAAGAGAUGGAGUGGAAAGGCUCCUGGAGCCUGCGCACGCCUCGAACUGGCGGGAAGGCGCAUGUAACGUGUCCCUAGUGCAUAAAGGUGGCUGAGGGGAGUGUUUGAGACGUUCUACGCGCCAGUACUCUUCCCUUGUGUCCAUCCAUCUCCUCUUUAGUGCAGUUCGUACAAAACUCCCCCCAGCUGCUUGUUCUUCACGCCAAGCUGUUACGAGGGAGGAGGCGAGAAGGCGCAACGAAGCCUCCACUAAGGAGGAAAGGGUCGGGCCAGUUCGGCUGCACUACCUCCCUCUGGCGGCUUGGCGGGGCGGAGCGGCGUCGGGAAGAGGAGGGACGUAGGCGCGGACUCCGCCCCCGGUCCACCAGGCCACGGGCCCAAGGAGGGGCGAGAAGGCACAGUUCUCUACUAGAACCCCAGCCGAGGCCGCCAUUCUCCCAGAGGCACCGCCUCCGACCCGGCCCCUUGGGACCUGCCCCUCCUCCUCUGACUGGAGAAGGUCAGACCUGUCCCCCACUUCUGGCCAGAGAGGAUCCAGCCUUGCCUCUCGUCUGGUCUAGGGGAUCAAAACUAUUCCCUUCUCUGGUCCAACCCUCUACUCUGUCCUGAGGGGAUAGAACUGUCUCCUCCUCUUGACCUGAGGGAAUCAGAACUGCCCCCUUUUCUGACUCGAGGGGACGAGACCUCCUGGCCUCCUUCUUCCAAGGGAUCAAGCUUGCUCACUUCCUCUGACUCGAGGGGCCCAGAUCUAUCUCUUUAGUGACCCCGUGGGGACCAGACUUGCUCCUCCUUCUGACCCAAGGAGACAGAACUGCCCCCUCCUCUGGCGGACUAGGCGUUGGUCUCCUGUGACAUUGGGGAUGAGGGGGAAACCAGCCUUCUCCUACUCUUCUCUGACUAGAAAAGACCAGUCCUGCCCCUUCUGAGGGGACUAAAUCUUAAUUCCUUUGAUCUACAGGGACCAAAUCUGCCUCUUCCUCCUUCGAUCUAGAAAAACCAAAUUUGCCCUUCUCUGACCAUUGGGGACCAUACCUAGUUCUUUUCCCCAGACCUACAGAACUAGACCCCUCCCUUCUCCUCUUUUAACCUGAAGGAUCAGACCUAACCUCUUCUUUCUUUUACCUGAGAGUAUUAGACAUUUUGCUCUUCAUCCUCUAACCUGAGAAGAAAUGAUUACAAAGUAUCCUAAGGAGUUCACACAUAGAUUUAGUGCUGGAAGGAACAUUAGAGGUUGCAACCCUCAUUUUGCAGAUAAGAAAGGUCCAGAGAAGUUGUAAGUCAUUUGACAAAGAACACAUAGAUAGAAACAGAAUUUGAAUUCAAGUCCACUUGAUCCCAAAUCUAGCGUUCUCACAGUAUUUUAUCUCUCUUGUCCUCGGAUUCGAGAGACUAUGAAUUCCUUUCUUCUGACCUGAAGGGAUCAGAUUCACUCCUCCUAAGGCCUGAGAGAACUCUUUCCUGUUCUUUCCCGGAAAAAGAGAGGAAGCUGCAGACUUUUCCCCUCGCCCACUUUGCUUAGAAUCGUCCUCCUCUCGUAUCUUACUCCAAGCUUCCCCUUCUCUCAGCCCACUUGUAUAUCCAGUAGUAGACACUCCCUCGGGCAGAACCUGUGCCCCUGUCUUUCUCUCCACCUCCUGGGGUCUUCCCCCACCCCCAUUCCGCGCAAUUCCCGCCUCGAUUAGGCCAUACAGACCCCAUUUCCCUGUUUCCUCUCUCCUGGGGUUCCUCCUUCCCCAGCUAUGGGAGAGAGUCAGCCCCCCGCCACUCCCAGUUGCUAACAGAGUCCAGCCCCAGCCCCCCGCCCGCACGGGGUCCCCGCCUCUUCGGGAGCUCGCUCUCUGGCACACACACGCGCGCACACACGCACAGCCCGGGGUCCAGCCCAGCCCUCCCCCAGGUCUCCUCCUCCUGCGGCCGCCAGGGAAACCUUGCACACAGAGACAGACACACUGGGAGACACACACGCACCGGGCCCAGCCAGCCCUCCCCUGGGUCUCCUUCUCCUGGGGCUGCCCGGGAAAGCUGCAUACCCGUACACCCCGGGGCAGGGUCCGGCCCGACCCUCUUCCCUCUCCCCCUCCCCUUCUCCUUCCCCAGUCUCUUCUGUUGCUGCUGCUGCCGCUGCCGCUGCCGCUGCCGCCGCCGCCGCCGCUGGGAGAGGAUUCAUGUCCCUCCAGCAUCAUGCAGCCGCCGCCGAGGAAGGUGAAAGUUACACAAGAACUGAAAAAUAUUCAGGUUGAGCAGAUGACAAAACUUCAGGCCAAACAUCAGGCAGAAUGUGAUUUACUUGAAGACAUGAGGACAUUCAGUCAAAAGAAGGCUGCAAUUGAGAGAGAAUAUGCACAGGGCAUCCAGAAAUUGGCUAGUCAGUACCUGAAGAAAGAUUGGCCUGGAAUAAAAGCUGAUGAGCGGAAUGAUAACAGGAGCAUGUAUCCUGUUUGGAAAUCAUUUUUAGAGGGAACUAUGCAAGUGGCCCAAUCCCGAAUCAAUAUCUGCGAAAAUUAUAAAAAUCUUAUUUCAGAACCUGCCAGGACAGUGAGAAACUUAAAGGAACAACAGCUAAAAAGGUGUGUGGACCAGUUGACAAAGAUCCAAACAGAGUUACAAGAGACAGUAAAAGAUUUAGCUAAAGGCAAAAAGAAGUACUUUGAGACAGAACAGAUGGCUCACGCAGUCCGAGAAAAAGCUGACAUUGAGGCCAAGUCCAAACUUAGUCUUUUCCAGUCAAGAAUCAGUUUACAAAAGGCAAGCGUAAAGUUAAAAGCCCGGCGGUCAGAGUAUAAUUCCAAAGCUACCCAUGCCAGGAAUGACUAUCUUCUCACAUUAGCUGCAGCUAAUGCACACCAGGACCGUUACUAUCAAACUGAUUUAGUCAACAUUAUGAAGGCCCUUGACGGGAAUGUAUAUGAUCAUCUGAAGGAUUAUUUAAUAGCAUUCAGCAGGACUGAGCUAGAGACAUGCCAAGCUAUACAGAAUACAUUCCAGUUUUUAUUGGAAACCUCAAGCAGGGUGGUGCGGGAUUACAAUCUUCAGCUGUUUUUACAAGAGAAUUCUGUGUUUCAUAAACCGCCACCUUUCCAGUUCCAUCCCAGUGACAGCGAUACCAGUUUAAAUGCAGUGCAGCUGGUGGAUAUUGAGCCCUCACCCGUCAGUGCUAUGAGAAUGACCAUAGCAGAGAGCCGACAGUUGGAAUCUGAAACGGGGACCACAGAGGAACACAGCUUAAACAAGGAGGCCCGGAAGUGGGCUACAAGAGUGGCUCGAGAGCACAAAAACAUCGUCCACAACCAGAGGGCCCUGGAAGAGUUAGAAUGUCAUGGUGUUGCUGUAUCAGAGCAAAAUCGAGCAGAACUGGAACAGAAGAUAGAUGAAGCUAGAGAAAGUAUUCGUAAAGCAGAGAUUAUUAAGCUGAAAGCUGAAGCACGCCUAGACCUCCUGAAACAAAUUGGGGUUUCUGUAGACACGUGGCUGAAAAGUGCAAUGAACCAAGUAAUGGAGGAAUUGGAGAAUGAGCGAUGGGCCAGCCUUCCUGCAGUGGCCAAUAAUGGCUCCUUGCACUUGCUUAAUGUGGAUGCAGAAAGAGAAGAAGGGGAAGAAUUUGAGGACAAUAUGGAUGUGUUUGAUGAUAGCAGUUCCAGUCCAUCGGGUACCCUACGAAACUAUCCAUUAACCUGCAAAGUUGUCUAUUCAUACAAGGCAUCUCAGCCAGACGAGCUGACGAUUGAGGAGCAUGAGGUGUUAGAAGUGAUUGAAGAUGGAGAUAUGGAAGACUGGGUAAAGGCCCGAAACAAAGUUGGCCAAGUGGGUUAUGUGCCCGAGAAGUACCUGCAGUUCCCGACGUCCAACAGCCUCCUGAGCAUGCUGCAGUCCCUCGCCGCGCUAGACAACCGCUCUCACACGUCGAGCAAUUCAACUGAGGCAGAACUUGUUUCCGGGAGCCUCAAUGGAGAUUCCAGUGUCUGUUUUGUUAAAGCACUUUAUGACUAUGAAGGUCAGACAGAUGAUGAACUAUCCUUUCCUGAGGGAGCAAUCAUUCGCAUCCUGAACAAGGAGAACCAAGACGAUGAUGGUUUCUGGGAAGGGGAAUUCAAUGGACGCAUUGGCGUUUUCCCAUCGGUGCUAGUGGAAGAACUUUCAGCCUCAGAAAAUGGUGAUACUCCAUGGGUGAGAGAGAUUCAGAUCUCUCCCUCCCCCAAGCCACACAAUUCUCUGCCUCCACUGCCUCUCUACGACCAGCCACCCAGCAGCCCUUCUCCCAGCCCUGACAAGAGGAACUCGAGGUACUUCCCCAGGUCUCCAUCCAUGAACGAAAACAGCUUCAGCUCUGAUUCUCCAGGGUUCUCUCAGCCCCCAAGACACACACCGGAGGCCUCCUAUGGUAAACUGCGACCUGUCCGGGCUGCGCCCCCCCCUCCCACUCAGAGCCACCGCCGGCCCGCAGAGAAGAUGGAGGACGUGGAGAUCACGCUGGUGUGACGCCGGGACUCGGGGAGCGCGCGGCCCGCCCCGCCCAGUUUGGCACCUUUGUAUGAAGAUGACUCGAGUAAGGAGCAGGAACCAGGGAGGACUCCGUGCGGCAGCGGCCUGCCCUCCACCUCCCCCCGUGCCUUUGCUUGUCGUUCUGAGUCAUCUCCUUCCAGAGCACAAGCCCGGAGGGGCCGUGGCCCCGGCCAGGCAGGCCCACCCGAGCCCGGGGCAGGCUCUUGGCCACUUGUGUGGCCCGCCCCAGCCCCCUCCCCUCACACGUUAGUACAGUAUAUUACUGUGGCCAUAGGAAUGUGUUAGGAACUCGCCCAGAGCCCGGAGCACCGUCCCCGGUGGGAUGAGUGAAGCGGAAUCAGGUCCUCCAGCCUCAGAAGAGGGACAGAAGCACAGGGUUCAGGACAGGCAGGCCGGUUCCUAUUCCCAGGCCCCGGCGCCCUCGGGGUCCCUCUUCCUGCCACUCGUCCAGUCGUCACAGUCCGCCCUCCCACCCCACCAGCCCCACCCCCAGCUGGGGAGGGGCCAGGACACUUCAGAUCCAGAAGACCUCAUCUCCAUAGGAAGGCCCACUUCCUCCAACGAGUAUUUUGCCUCGUGUGUGUUUCAGCACCCACCCCAGCCCAGUCAGCCCUGUGGACUUCCCAGGAGCUGCAUCCCAGCCACAAGCCAGCCUCGUCAUUGGUGACCUGGGAGGGUCCAAGUUCAGGGGACGAAGUGUUCUUUCCCACUUGACUCAUGGGCCCAGGUGAAGGAAGCCCAGCAGCCCCUGGUUCACAGCCAUGAGUCCAGGGACAUCGGCCCCCCUGUGGCCUUGGGGCAGCAGCACAAGCCUCUGCCUCCUCACGUCUCAUCAGGGUCCAGAAGGGUUUUGCCGGGCCGGGCGCCUGCGGUAAAAAGAGACUUUGCCAUUUGGCCUCGUUUCGGGGCUUGGCCCAAACAUAAACCGAUGAUUCCGUGAAGAAUCCCACCCACUCCCUGUUAAAGGGAGAAACUGUGGCUUCACUAGCGAUAUUCUGGGAGAAACAGCUCCCAGGUAUUUAAGGAAAACUAUUUUUGUCUGCAUGAUUGGGUAGGAAGUUUUUCCACCUAAACCAGAAAAUAGAGAAUUGAUGGCUUAGCUUAAAAGGGCUGUAUUGGGAGGUUGCUUUGCUUUUACUGUUUUAUUUUUAAAGAAAUCAAUAUUACAUUUAGAUGACAUUAUCUGAACUUUGCACACAUUACUUCAAAGAGUCUGACCUCAGAAAAAGAUCUCUGAAGCAGAGAGUGCUUUCCAGUCCCCUUGACCAAAAGCCACAUCCAAGGAAACGUUUCCUGGAUUGCUCCGUUUCAUCAAUAACAAGGACUUGUAUGAAUCUCUUCCAUAUUUUUUGUUCUUUCGCACCUCUUAACCUGUUGAUCUGUUUGAGGUCUUUUUAUGUGUUUAUCAAACUUAUUCUUAAGUUUAAAAAAGUGUUUUUUUUAAGAUUUAAAGUUUGCAGAAAUGUUAAAAGCAUCACAGUGCCCAAAUAAGUAUCACUCUGCUGUUCUUCUCUUCCUCCAGCCAGUCUGUCUGUCUGUCUGUGCCCACAAAUCAAGAUUCUCCAAAUUGAGAGUGUUAUUGGAAAUCUCUUUAGUUAUAUUUUAAAUAUUUUCUGUAAGAGCUGCUAAUUUUAUUUAAAACAAAAAGUUGUAAAAAUGCCUCCUUUUUAACUAUGACUUGUUUGUACAGGGCACAUAAUCCAUGUAUCCCAGUGUACAGUGUCAGCACACUGAGAACACCUGUGCAAGGGCUUCCUCUGUACUGGCUGUAAAAAGUUUGUAUUUAUUAUGUAUAAAAUGUUGAAUAAUAAAACAAAGUGGAAUUAA